AUGUUCGGUUCAAGCAACACAUUCGAUCCCAACACCGACGUUCCAGAUCUAAGCGGGAAGGUCUUCGUAGUGACGGGCGGCAGCGCGGGCAUCGGGUAUGGAAUAUCAGCACAUAUCCUACAGCACGGACCUGCGAAGCUCUAUCUUCUUGGGAAAAAAGAGGAACACCUGGCUGAAGCCAAAGGGGAUCUCAAAAACUACGGUGAUGUCUCGCGUGUCGAAUUUAUCAAGUGCGAGCUCGAGGAUCUUAGGCAUACAGACAUGGUGGCGCGAAACUUAGCAUCUAAACUCGAUCGGCUAGAUGCUCUUGUUCUCAAUGCCGGGCUCGGUGUUGGGAAAUACAACGAGACCAAGGACGCUCUUGAUAGCCAUAUGCAAGUCAACGUAAUCGCACAACACCACCUUGCGCGAAUUUUGCUUCCGAAGCUUAUUGCAACACGUAACAGCCGACUAUGCUUCCAAUCUUCCGAGAUGCACCGAUUAGGCACCGGCGGUGUCGAGUUUAGAGACGUCGCGGAGAUAAAUCAGGAUAUUGGGCCUACUAAACUAUACUCGCGCUCUAAACUUGCACAGGUAUUAUUAUGCAGGGCGUUCAAUCGACGCAAACAGCGUGGCGAGCUAGGCCUCGUGCCUGGGAUGGGACCGUGGAUUAAUGCUACGCACCCUGGCGGCGUAAAUACAGAUCAGCCAGAUCAGGCUCUUGAUGCAUACGGAACCGUCGGCAGCAUACUUAUUCAGGCCGUGAGGCCGCUCAUGAAGGAGCCAGUCGAGGAAGGGUGUCGGUCCAUGUUAUUCGCUACGACGAGCGAUGUCGUCGCGGAUGAGAAGAUCGAUGGACAAUAUAUCAUACCAGACAAGAAAGUUUCAGAUGUUAGCAAUCAGGCCAAGGAUGAGGAACUCGAGGAGAGGUGCUGGAGAUUAGUGGAGGGGAUUCUGAAGGAAAAAUUAGGAAAUUUACCUUAUGAUACAAAUUAG